CUCGAAGAAAAAGAAAAAGCAAUCAGAGGGGGAUGUGAAGAAACCGCAAGGCAGAUCUUUGGGAGAUGAAGCGAGCUUACACGAUUUAGCAGCUGCUUUAGUUGGGGCAACAUCGCCGAAGGGCGGAAAGAGGAAAUUGUUGAGCGAUAGCGAGGACGAAGGAGUACAUGAGACACUUUAUCUUUGAAUAGGUCAUUGUCUUGUAGUUGCUCGACAGCCACCGCGGUGCCUGAUGAUCUGGGAAAGUGAUAGACGAAUAGACAGGGAGGUUGGUCCUGGUCGCUUCUUGGUAUCAGCACAACAUUUUCUCUACAGGUCAACACAAACUAACGAAGCUUCAGGUGAGAAUCCUCGUUAUUCCUUGAUCACAAUUAGUACCACAACUUCGACCUUACCACAACUUCGACCUUACCACAAGAACUUCGCUUCUGGCGGUUCUUGUCAGCGGAAUGACGUGAAUGAAACCUUACCACCCAAUGAUCUCCACUCGCAACAGACACCGUUCGACAGAGACGGCGACUCGGACGAUGCGUCAGAGGACUCAUCCUCGGACGACGAUGGUUACCC